AGUUUCAUUCGUUGGGAUAGCAUCAAUGAUGGGAGUGUGCCCCCCGUUCAAUGCAAAGUGUUGGUUAUGGUUCAAGGGAGCCACGCCUAGAAUUGAUGUAAACUCACCGAAGCAUUAAAGCAUUCGGAUAUAUAAAGCUACGGUAGUGACCAGUGAGUUCUUUCAGGUCGUUCACUGCUGGUUACCCAUAUUGUUCGUGUUUUCCUUAUAUGAAGUUCUGAUAGUGUUAUGGCUAAUGCAGAGGAGCACGGUUCUGCUUUAAGCACUGAGCUUUUGUUUGAAAAGUUUCAGAGUUAUUUCGACAAGAAAUUCGACAAGUUGGCUAACUCCACUAUCACAGAUGAAACAGCGGUGAAGGAACUCAAAAUAAAAUUGGAAGCGAAGGAGUUGACCAAGCCCGGUAAUUCUGCCCAAUUGCUGUUUUGUGGACAGCUAGAGAUUAUUCUAGAUAAAAUAAAAGUCGCCUUUUUGCAGAAGGGUGAUACAGACAAGGUCGUCGAAGCUAUUCACGAGGCUGAGGACCUUUUAGCGGAUAGAAAGCAAAAGAUCAAGAUCGCUGAUAGCAGUAGAGCAGGUUGGAUCACCAUUCAACAGUUAGAGAAGGGCGGCAAGAGAGACCAGUCUUCCGAAGAUCAGAAGAAGGUGCAGAUAGCUGAGGACGCUGCUCUCAAAGAAUUGGAAGGAAGAAAGAAACAAAAGACUUCGGAUAGACGACAGCAAGAUGGGGUGGUUUUCAAGAAUUUUGGUGACCGUAGUCUUUUUCGAGGCAUGCCAAAUGAUGUGUGUUUCAGCUGCAGAAUGCCUGGCCACUGGGCCCGGGAGUGUCCCUACGCAACAGGCCCCCCACUGUCACACCGAGUCCGAUCCCGAGCUCAGACGGCUCUUCCCCUUGGAUACAACACUUUCCACUCCAGAGGUGUGUCGGUUCCAUGGCAAGCUCCCGCCUUUCAUCGAACAGGGUACAACUUCCUACCAGCAAUUGCGGGAACCACGCCCACAGGCUCAUUCAAGCCCGCAGAGUCAAUUGCAGCGCCAUCAACGUCAGGCUCAAGCGUCUCUUAAGGUGGCAAGCCUGUCACAUAAGUUUGCUGACGUGUUGGAGGUACGAUGUGAUUAUCAGGAUAGCAGUAUUAAGAAUUUAAUUUCUGAUAAAGUCAAUGUGAAAGGCAGGUUACGAGCUCACUCACAAUUUUGGUUUCAUAUAGGGGCAUCAUCCAUGGUUUUGUCUGUUAUCAAUGAGGGUUACCGCAUUCCUUUCAUUACAUCACCACCAUCCAUGUUUUUCAAAAAUAACAAGUCGGCAAUUAAGGAAGAUUCCUUUGUGACGGAGACAAUUUCAGAGUUAUUAAGCUCUGGUAGAAUAGAAGAAAAAUUAAACCCUUCAUUUGUUGUCAAUCCCCUUUCUGUUGCAUAUCAGGCAUCUGGUAAAAGAAGGUUGAUUUUGGAUUUGAUUAACGUAAAUGAGUAUGUCCCAAAGAUGCAUUUUAAAUUAGAUGACUGGAAAGUAGGUCUUCAAUUUCUUUCAAAGAAUGCUUACUUGUUUUCAUUUGAUUUGAAAUCAGGGUAUCACCACAUUGAUAUCUCUUCCGACUAUCAGAAAUACUUGGGUUUUUCUUGGAUCAUAAACAAUGUUCGCAGAUAUUUUGAGUUUACUGUUCUUCCAUUUGGGUUGUCUUCCGCACCAUUACUAUUCACCAAGAUGAUGAAACCACUCGUGACCCACUGGAGAUCGUGUGGCAUUCUCAUUGCCCUGUACUUAGAUGAUGGUUUUGUGGUGGUACCUGCUUCAUGUGAUAAUAACACAAAUGAUUUUCACAUUGCAAGUAAAAUCUCCCAACAUGUAAAAGUUGAUUUGAUAAGAUCUGGUUUAGUUUAUAACAUGGACAAAUCUUGCUGGAAUCCUGUUAACCAAAUUGUUUGGCUUGGCAUGCAUUGGGACUCCGUAGAGGGCACUUUGCGAGUUUCCCAGAGGCGCGUUGAUAAAAUUCUGCGCACUAUCAAUGAGUUGACUUCUGCAGACGUUGUCACAAUUCGCAAGCUACAUUCUUUUGUAGGCCAGAUCAUAUCUCUGGGCCCUGUUGUUGGUAAUUUAACUAGACUAUCCACUAGGAACUGCCAAGUGAAAAUAUCACAGGCUCAUCAUGAAGACGAUAUUAUCAAACUUGAUAAUUUGUGCUUGUCAGAAAUUGAAUUUUGGAAGAGUAAUGCUUCAAAAAGAAAUGUGCGUUAUCUAUUUGUUUCCACCAGAGUGAACAAGAUAGUAUGUGGGGAUGCAAGUGCAGUGGGAUCUGGUGCUAUAUUAUGUAAUGAUAUCCAUACAGCUCACAAAAAUUGGACUGAAGUUGAGGCAAAAAGAAGUUCCACUUGGCGAGAAUUGGAUACAAUAUUAUUUGCAAUUUCAUCAUUCCUGCCAAUAGUAUCCAAUUCACAACUCAAAAUCUUCACAGAUAGUCAGUCAGCAGCUCGUAUAGUGGAAGUAGGAAGCAUGAAGGUGGAUUUACAUAGUUUGGCAAUUGAUAUUUUCAAUAUUUGUAUUAAUAACAAUGUGCGUCUAGAAGUAGAAUGGAUACCAAGAACCAUGAAUGACAAAGCAGACUUUGUCAGUAGAUUGAUCGAUUUAGAUGAUUGGAUGAUUUCAGACAAAUUCUUCAGCAUAAUCAAUGAUACAUGGGGUCCUUUCUCAGUUGACUGUUUUGCAAGUUAUUAUAAUGCUAAAGUGUCCCGCUUCUUUUCCAGAUUUUGGAAUCCAAAUACAGCCGGCGUAGAUGCCUUAGCACAGGAUUGGUCAAAAGAGAAUUGUUUGUUAGUGCCCCCUGUACUUUUGAUCCCUAGUGUUCUAAGACAUUUGUACUUAUGUAAAGGCAGAGGAGCCCUUGUUUUCCCCUGGUGGCCCUCCUCCCCCUUUUGGCCUUUGUUAUGGUCUUGUUACAGAACAUGGAUUACGGGAAUGAUAACUCUUGAAGGUUCAGACAUCUUAGAGUUGGGGAAUAACAAGAAUUCUUAUUUGGGCUCAGAUACGUUUACUAGUCCAGUAUGUGCCAUAUAUAUUGAUUGUACUGAGAUUUGAUUAAGUUACAUGAGUUGAUUAUUUAUUCUUAAUUAAUUUUCUCUUAAUUGCUGUAUAGGUCAUUCGCAGUCAAGAUUUUUGGUCAAGCUUUCCCAACAGUAUAGACGCAUUCAAGGAACAAAUUUUUCAGGAUAUUUUGUUAGCCAAAGCAGAGAGUACUCUAAACAGUUAUCUUUAUAAAUGCAGAGAUUUUUUCGCUUGGUUGGUUGCUCAUAAAAUUCCUCUCCGAUUCCCAGUUCAAGACACUGUUGUUGCUGCUUUUAUCAUCGAUAAGAGUAAUUUGUCGCAAUCUGAAAGUUCAAUAAUUACGAUUUCCGCUGCAAUUAAAUGGCUUCAUUCUCUCCUGAAUAUCGAGUCAAACCCAGUAGACUCUCCACUACUGAAACAGAUUGUAAUCAGCCAAAGAAAAUCACUGCAUAAACCCCCAGAGCAGAAGGAACCUUUAACAAUUGAUCAUGUGAGAUCUAUAGCUGAUAAAUUCGCUAAUCAAGAAAGUAGUCUCAUACAAUUAAGGACGGCUUGUUAUGUGACGUUAAUGUUUUCUCUUCUGUUCAGACACGAUGAGAUGGCACAACUAAAAGCAUGCCACAUCACUGAAUUAGAAAAUCAAGCCGGGUUGAGAAUUUUUAUUCCCCGUUCUAAAACGGACAUUUUUAGAGAUGGCAACACUACUUUUUUGUCGUGCACACAGAAUACUUACUGUCCAGUAACAAUGUUACGUAGAUAUAUGCAUCAAUGUGAUAUGCAAUGUGGCGAAGAUGUGUAUGUAUUUACAGCCUUAUCAUUUCAUUCGAGCACAAAAUCUUACAAACCGGUAAAGCACAAACCUCUUAGUUAUACCAGAUGCAGGGAAAUCUUUUUAGAUGCAAUGAAACAAAUUGGCAUAGAGCGUCCGCAGUCUUUUGGUUUACAUAGCAUGCGUUCUGGAGGCGCUACUCAUUUGGCCAAUAAGGGUAUAUCGGAAGAGUUAAUCAUGCAGCAUGGUAGGUGGAAAACCCAACAAGCCAAAAACAGGUACAUUAAGCGGGAUAUAGAAACUCGCUUGGCCUUAUCGAGGUCUCUGUGCGAAAAGUAAAGGAGUUAGAAUUGAUUGGUCAAAAAAAAAAAAAAAAAAAAAAAAAAAAAAAAAAAAAAUGUUCGGUGAAGAGAAAUGGACUGAGGACAAAGUUCAGUAGAGCCUCAAGGGCCAAAGUUUCAUGAUUGGAACUUGAGAGAGGUGAAUUCUUUGUUAUUAAUGAGUUUUUUGGCCGGACAGAUAAUCCGAAGAGCCGUAAGGGCUAAAAUUCCUCGGUGGAAUUAUUGGUGAUAUUGAAUUAUGUAAUUUCUUUUCAAAUAGAUUUUCAAUUGAAAUGUAUCAUGAAAAAUUAUGGAUUAUUAGUUUCAUAUUUAAUGAGCUGUCAAAACAGUAUUUUGCUUAUAAUUUAAUCUGAAUGUUUUUAAAGAAAUAAUAUUAUUGUUAUAAAUUACUCCAGGGUAAUCGGCAUCUGAAUCCUGGCCCUUAUCCAAAGUUGUCAUUAAAAUAAUUCAGAAAUUGAA